UUAUGAGAAAGAGAAAGAGUAAGUGUCCUCGUUAAUUGACGUUAAGAGCAUAGCCAAUGGAUACCCAAGCUAAUGGUGGUCAUCAUAUUUUUUUAUUACUUUCUCUCUCUUCCACCUCAUUUAUGCCCAACUCCCAUGCCCAUACACUCACAUUGGUUGCCCUCCAAAUUUGUGGGCAUUGAUUCUCCUGUCCUUCCAUUCCCAUGUGAGUCUUCAUCAAUUGAAAAAAAAAAACUAAACCUCCUCUCUUUGUUGGACAAGUGGCGAAAUACCACUAAAUGCCCACACUCAACAAAUGGUCAUGGCCAUGACCUGGUUAUGAACCAUUUCUCACAAAAAGUACAAAAUUUUCAUUUUUUAAGCUUUUUUUAUUUUUCUCUCUCUUCAUGCCCACCCAAAAUGGACAACCAUUGGCUAUACUCUAACACCAAUUUGAUUACUCAUAACUUUUACUUUUAAAAAAAAUGUACUACUUACUAAAACAAAGGUGAAAGAGGAGAGAGAUAAGAGAAGCAGAAAACACAAAAAGCUGUAUAAGUGCUCCAAGUUUGGAUUAGUAUUCCCUGAUAGUUUGCCUCGCCUUUCCAGAAAAUGGAGAUUGGAUUUGGAACAGCUGUAUCUGCUGUUGAUUCUCUGAAUGAAACGCUGAGAACACUUGAGAGCAAAGAGUUAAUAUCCAAGUAUGGCUUCAAAUCCCAGAUCGGUGAACUCUUAGUCACCGUCCCAAAACUGAGAGAUCUGUUCCUCCUAGCUGAUGAAUUGGAUUAUCUUUCUGCAUACGAACGCCUAAGGAUCCAGGGACUGAAAUAUGCCGUCUUUGAAGCAAAUCAGGUGCUCGAGGAAAUUGUCGUUCAACUCUUGAAAGAUAGAGGUGGUCUCGUAAAAAAGGUGCGUCUGUACUGGGUUGCUUAUUGUGUCUCUCAAAAGCUUCGCAAAAUCAGGAAUAAAUUGGAUAUUAGAGACCUAUUCAAUAGUAUUGAUGAUAAUAUUGUUUUUCUUUCGAGAAGGAAAGAAAAUAGUCAAGAGACAUCGAGAAGGAAAGAGACCUGUUCAUACCUACGUGAAAACAGUAUCAUAGGAAGAGAUGAUGAAGUGGAGAAUAUAAUUGGUAUGCUGCUUGAUUCUUCUAAUGUUCAAUGCAACCCGUCCUUUCUUUCUAUUGUAGGUUUCGGAGGGUUGGGUAAAACUGCUCUUGCUCAACUUGUGUUCAACCAUCCAAGGGUUCACGCUGCAUUUCCAUUGAGGUUAUGGACUUGUAUCUCUAAUGAUCAGAACCAGUUGGAUAUUUGUGGGACUCUUAAAAAGAUUUUAGAAUCAGCCAAUGGCCAGAAUCACGAGGGUUCUACUAUGGAUCAGGUCCAAAGCCAACUUCGAGAGCAACUAGCAAGCCAGAGAUACUUACUUGUUUUAGAUGAUGUGUGGACUGAGAAUCAUAUUAAGUGGGAUGAAUUGGUAAAAAAUUUGGUUGGACCCCAAAAGGGAAGUUGGAUACUGGUGACUACACGCUCAAAAACCACUGCAACAAUGGUAGGUGGUGCAAUGUAUGAGCUACAAGCCUUAUCAAAGGAUAAUUCAUGGCACUUGUUUGCAAAAAUUGCUUUUCGACCAGAUCAAUCAAACCCCCCUGACGAGCUGGUCACGAUUGGCCGAAAUAUUGUUGACGAAUGUGCCGGACAUCCGCUUGCCAUAAGAGUUGCUGGAUCUCUCUUUUGUGGUCAAGCCAUGGUCAGAUGGCAAACUUUUCAAAAGAUAGGAUUGGCCUACUGUCAGGAAUCUCAAAGAGGCAUUGCUCCCAUAUUAAAGUUGAGUUUUCAAAAUCUUGAAUCUCCAUUAAAGAGUUGCUUCAGUUAUUGUGCAUUGUUUCCUAAAGGCUUUGAGAUAGAGAAAGAGAAGUUAAAAAGCCUUUGGAUGGCACAAGGCUAUAUUUCAUUUCAUGAAGGUCAAAGUAUAGAAGAAGCAUGUGAGGAAUAUUUUUCAAUCUUGUUGAAUAGAUGUUUUUUCCAAGUCGUGAAAAAAGAUCAUUAUGGGCAGAUCGUGUCUUGUAAGAUACAUGAUCUCAUGCAUGAUGUUUCUCAACAUAUCUCUGGGCAGGAAAUGUAUGUAAUGAAAGCCAGUUGUUCUGAACUAGAUAAAAAUGUGCGCCAUCUAUCAGUUAGCGGGACAUCUGAUGAAUACAAUUUGGGUAGAACCAAUAUUCUGUCAUACCUUCAUUUUUGUGAGGAAGGUUUUCAACUUGGCAAGGUGAACAUGUCUUACUUGGAGUCGUUGGUAGCAAAUUGUCUGAACCUGAAGGCAUUGGACUUGAGUGGGUUUAUUUUGGAAAGAUUGCCCGAUUCUGUUAGUAAAUUGGUACAGUUACGGUAUUUAAAUAUCUCAGGGAAUACAGAGAUGAAGUUUCUCCCCAAGUCAAUUACAGAACUUGAUAAUCUACAAACCUUAAUGUUAAGGUGGUGCUGCACACUGAAAGAGUUGCCAAGUGAUCUGGGAAGGUUGGAUAAACUCAGAUUGUUGGAUAUCAGGGGUUGUAUUAGUUUGACUUGCAUGCCUAGUAGCAUGGGUAAGCUGACAUGCCUUCACAGUCUAAGUGAUUACAUAGUAGGUGAUGAACAAAGUUAUUCAAGCCAGAGUCAGUGGUUUGGUGGGUUGGACGAUCUGAAGCAUCUUAACAACCUCAGAGGUUGUCUUAACAUCCAGAUCAGGUGGCCUAGACAUGUAAAAUAUGUUGUAAAGGAAGACGACGAACAGGAUGAAUUAUGCCUGGGGAAUAAGGAACAUCUCAUUGUUAUUUUGUUUGAUUUCAUCCAUGAAGAGGCUGAUGGAAGAGCGGGUAAUGAGGAAGCAGAAAGAUUGAUGGAAAAGCUACAUCCACAUCAUAAUUUGAAGUUCUUAGAGGUGAAGAAAUACCAUGGGCUGAAAAUGCCUAAUUGGGUAGCUUUUCUUCCAAAUCUUGUAGAGAUUUGCCUUACAGAUUGUAGGGAGCUCGAGUACCUGCCAUGCCUCGAAAACUUGCUUUGUUUGAAAGUUCUCAGACUUGUAAACUUAGCUAAAUUGGAGUGGGUAGGGGAAGAUAACUCAUUGGCUGAUUCCAGUUCCACACCCACGCCUCAUCAAUUGUCAAGCACAGAGGGAUUAUCAUACCUACUAUCCCUUGAAACAAUUGAAAUGAGCAAUCUGCCGAAGUUGAAAGGAUGGAGGAGGGGAGCAGGAGAUGAUCAUCAGUUCCUCAGUGGCGGUAGCAACAACAGCAGCAGCAAUAAGGCAAAACUGCAAUCACUACCAUCUUUUACUGCCCUGAAAUCUCUAUUCAUAUGGAACUGUCCGGAGCUGACAUACUUCCCGCCCUGUCCCAACAUGGAAGACCUAUCAUUACUCAAAUUUAAUAGCAGACUGCAAAUGAUUUUAAAUUGUGAAAGGGGUGAGAACUUAGGAGUGGUUGUCAUUCCCUUUGCAUCUUCUUCGUCGUGGUCACCUCACCCUAAAAAUUCGACUAAACUUACAUAGGUGACUAUAUCCAAUGUGUCAUGGAUAAGUUCGGUUCCCAAGGAGGCUUUUCGGUUCCUUGAAAGCCUAGAUAUAUGUGGUGACAAGGAACUAGGGAGCCUGAGAGAAGCUGCAAAUGUUUUCAGUGGCUGCUCAUCUUCUCUGAGACACUUGAUAAUUCGCGAUUGUUGUACACUGAGUAGCGUUGGAGGAUUGGAGCAUCUCAUGGCCUUAGAGAAGUUAGAAAUAAGGGAUUGCGAUAAUCUGAGGCUAUCAGAAGAGCAGCAAGAGGAGGGUGUGGAGUGUACUGGCAUCAAUACAAACUUCAUGCCACGGCUCACCACUUUGACAUUGCAUGGUCUCCGACAGCUGAUGAGUCUGCCCAACUGGAUGCAGUUCCUGCCUGCCCUUCAAUCUCUUGAAAUUUCAUUUUGCAACCAACUCAUAUCAAUGCCGAAUUGGAUGGCCAACCUCCAAUCUCUCAAUCAUCUUACAGUGUCCGGGUGUUCAAAAAGUCUGAAGAAAAGAUGUCAACAAGAAGAUCCCCCGGGGAAGGACUGGCCUUACAUUCAACACAUCGGGAACAUUGAUUUUCAAGAAUGUUUUUAUUAGGAUUUUGCUGCUCUCCCUGAAUUCACCUAUCCUGUCCACUACUCCAGUGCGUCUCUCCUUAGACUUAUGUAAGCAUUCUGUGUGUUUUUUUUUUUAUAAUUUUCCCUUCCUAUUUCAUGCUUCUAUUUUGAUUUUCAUGAUUGACUGAUUAUGGCCUAAACAGUUAUUUAUACUACAUUGUUGCCUGUUCAUGAGUCAUUAAAUAAGAAUUAUUAUUACGUAGUAGAAGUUUGCAUUUAAUUAGAAGGGAAAAUUACCCAAUGCCCAACCUCAUCAGGGGUUGAUCAAGGAACCUGUUUCGAUGCUAGACUUGUUGUCCUUGUAACCGGCAUGUAAAUAUAAAUUAUAAGUAACGUUUCUAUGAAUGGCUAUUGUUUGUAAUUUAAGCACACAAACUUCUCUGUUUUUACUCGGAUUUUUAAUUGUGAUUUUUCAUGUCGACUACUGUAUUUCCUUCCCACUUCAAUAUUUUAUGGCUGGAUACCAAAUAAAUAAAUUUGAGCUACUUCUCUUGUUUCUAAUUGGAAUAGGUUUGUGAGUUGCUUACUUCAAUAUUAUGGCUGGAUACCAAAUAAUAAAGUUAUAAGUUGUAGCUUGAAGGCGCACCAUAUCAGUCAUCUGAUAGUGUAGCAAAUAAAUGAAUACGAAUCUAGGUUGCACGGAAACGGAAAACAGAAACGGAGACGGGGAAACGGGGAGUCGGGGAAACGGAAAUUUUAAAAUUAUGGAAAACGGGGACACAUUAAAAAUACAUAAAUAAAUACAUUUAAUCAGAAUAAAAUACCAAAUAAACUUGCAAAAAAAUAAAAACAAACAGAUACUUCGUUCUGUAAAUUGCAAGAACUCCUUUUUUCCAAAUUAAAUACAAGAAAAACAUCAAAUUAGUGAAAUCGUUCGGUGGUAGUUAGAUCGACUUUGUUCUAACUAGGCGGUGAUGGCAGCAAACAUGGAUCUCCAAAGCAUGGAAACGACAAUUAUAGAAACAACUCAAAUAACUAUGCUGCUUGACUGCUCGUAAUUUGUGAACAUAAGGGUUUAAUUGCUUUCUAUUAAAGGGAAAACGCUUAUUUAUAUCCUUAAUUAAGUUUCCCAUAGGUUUUCGAACUGUUAAAUUAUGCGAGACGCUUCACAAAACAAGAGAAUCCAUGAGCCGUUUCGAAACGGGUUUCGAAACGAAAGAGGUUUCGGAAACGAUAGGUGGCUAAAAUUAAGAGUUUCCGUGCUUCAUUGACGAAUUGAAGUGCCUCAAAUGAACGGCAUAGAGUAGCAUAAAUUAUUUUGAAAUUUCUUGAACAGCAUAUUCUUUGAUCAUUUUUCCAAGCUCAAUAAUAGAGUACGAGUAAGAUAAUGACUUAAAGGCCUUGUACGAAUGUGCACAUGCUUUCUAUCCAUCUCGAGCAAAUUUGACUAGUACAAUUAAAAUAAAUAAUGUUAACAAGCAAGUUGCUGGUUUCCAACAAAUUUACGUACAAUUCAAUUGAAUGCACCAAAAAUUGUGGUUGAAAUAUCCAAUUUUCUGGGCCUGCUUGCUGAUCCAUAUUAAUAAUUGAGGUAAAACCGUAGAAUAGUAAAAAUGUGUUAGGGCCUGUUUCGAUUGACUGAACUCAGUUGAACUGAACUGAAAUGAACUGAACUGAAUUGAACCGAGCUGAACUGAACU